AUGUCUUACUCUCAGCAUUCUGCCUUUCUCGACGGUGAAAUCGAAAAGUUUCAAAAUUUUGGGAUCCCGGAACUUCAAGAAUUAGACCCAAAUGUCAUCUCAUCGCUACGAUCAACGCUAGCCCGGGAGCUUGUACAACGACAACAAAAGGCUUUCAGGAUGGUCAAUCGGGAUGAAAUACUUCUCGCAGUGCAAAAACAAGAAAAAGAACUACUUCGGCAAGAUCUGUAUCGGGUUAUGGCAUCUGUAGGUGACCUACCCAAAGACAGAAUUGGUGCCGAUUUGAUCGAUCUGCAAGAAGCAAGAGACGGGAAGUUUGUUUCUUUAGAGCAAUUGAUGAAGGAUAUCGAAAACUUGCCGCAUGUUUCGGCUCUGGACUCCGAGGACUUGGAUGCACAGCCCUUACUGCACGAAUACAAUCAACUGCGAGAGGGACUCAAGGGCAAAUCCAUCGCUAUUCGUGAGGGUUCACGAUUGAUUCCAGAACUCAAGGGUCAACUUGAUCGGUUUGAGAGUUUGGAACACGCCAUUCAGCGCCACGGAACUCAACCUGCUGAAUACUACGCUGAAUUCAAACACAAUGUUCUUGUGCAGGCGCAAGAAACGGCCAGAUUAGUGGAAACUGUUUUGCAAGAGACCGGUAAAUUGUCUAAAGAAUACUUGGAACAGCUGGAGUCUCUGAUUUCAGCCUUAAGAACUUUUCGCUGA